UAAACACUCUUGCCAUGGUUUACGAAAGUGGAGACCUGUGAAUGGGGAAGGUAUCACAGGGGGUAACAAUAAAAAUAACAGAGAGUUCAAGAGAAUGGCCAGAACCAAGCAGACAGCGCGCAAAUCCACCGGAGGGAAAGCUCCCCGCAAGCAGCUGGCGACCAAAGCGGCCCGCAAGAGCGCUCCGGCCACGGGCGGAGUGAAGAAACCCCAUCGCUACAGGCCCGGCACGGUGGCUCUGCGGGAGAUCCGCCGCUACCAGAAAUCCACCGAGCUGCUGAUCCGCAAACUGCCCUUCCAGCGCCUGGUGCGAGAGAUCGCUCAGGACUUCAAGACCGACCUGCGCUUCCAGAGCUCGGCGGUGAUGGCCCUGCAGGAGGCCAGCGAGGCUUACCUGGUGGGACUGUUUGAGGACACCAACCUGUGCGCCAUCCACGCCAAGCGGGUCACCAUCAUGCCCAAAGACAUCCAGCUGGCCCGCCGGAUCCGCGGGGAGCGCGCCUAAACGGAGCCUGGCCCGCCCUGCACAUUCACCCCGAGAGAGAGAGACACACAACGGCUCUUUUCAGAGCCACUAAACCAUCCAGAGAGAGCGGGAAGCCAUGGGUUGCAUUACUGUUAUAAUUAUAAAUCUAUGAAGUAAACGGGUAUUGAGUAAAAUAUUCAUUUGGAGUCAGCGACAAUGAAGAUACACCAACCGAGGUCUUCGGUGAUCGCAGAAUUUAUUAUAAUGCGAUAUUAAAUAUUUGAAAUUUUGCUACACGAUUAGGAAUUGCCCGAACAAAAGCCCUGUCUCCUCAUUGUUUACCGUGGUGGUAAACAUGGCUUGUGUUUGUGGAGAAGGUUUGGCGCCAAGAGAUCAACCGCUUUUAUUUCGAAUUGAAAAGCCCGCCAACAUGCCAGAGGAGAAUGCGUGAAUUCUUAUUCGGUGAUUUGUUUUUUCCAUUACAAAAAUAUAGUCCAAACAAUCAUACCUUACUCCCUUUCCUAAUUUGCAUCUGCAAAAUAAAAUCACCAGUGAGUCAAUUUUUCGAGAAUUGGAGGUGCCGGUGUUGGACUGGGGUGUACACAGUUAAAAAUCACUCAAGUAAAAAAUGAGGUCUGCAGAUGCUGGAGAUCACAGCUGAAAAUGUGUUGCUGGUCAAAGCACAGCAGGCCAGGCAGCAUCUCAGGAAUAGAGAAUUCGACGUUUCGAACAUAAGCCCUUCAUCAGGAAUAAGAGAGAGAGAGCCA